GAAGUUUCCUUACCACCGGAAUUCAACACGCCGCUAUUCAUCAGCCAUUUUUAUUAUUAGAAGCUGUUCGAAAAUAUAGCAUAGCAACAUAUCCUUCUACAUUUCAAGGAUUUAGGUCAAGUAUCGUCGCAGGGAGAAGCCUUGCAGACAUGUCUGACUUCAUCGAUAGCGAGGCUGAGGAGUCGGAGGAGGAGUUUGAAGAGAAAGACCUGAAGCCUAAAAAGACCCAGGCGUUUAUGGAUGAUGAGGAAGAGGAGGAAGAGUUAAACACAGAGGACCAGGAUGAGCACGGGAACCUGAUGGGGCUCAUCGACGAUGAUGUGGAUGAAGAUGAGGAAGAGAAGAAAAGCGGAGGAGCGGGCAGCGGCAGCGACUCAGAGGAUGAAGUCAGACACAGACGCAAGAAACGCAACUAUGACGACUACCUGGAUGAUGAUGAUCUGGACCUUAUUGAGGAGAACUUGGGAGUCAAAGUCAAGAGGAGGAAGAAGAAGUAUGACCGUGUGAAGACUAUGGAUGAUGAUGAAGAUGACGAGAAGGACCAGAUCGCAGACGAGAUCUUCCACAGAGGAGAUGACGAGGACGGAGAGGGGGAGCUGGAGGAGGGAGAGACAGUCGACCCGCCCCUACGUCGCCAUGGUGAACGCCUCGAUGAGGAGGAGGAAGAGGAGGGAGAGGAGGAGUCGGAUAUUGAUGACUUUAUCGUGGACGACGAUGGCCAACCUAUCACCAAGAGGAGAAGCAAGAAGUUCUCAGGAUACACGGACGCAGCCCUCCAGGAAGCUCAGGAGAUCUUCGGCGGCGACUUUGACUUUGCGGAGUUCGACGCCGACGGUGCUUAUGAACAGGGUGAGGAAGAGGAGGAGGACCAGGAUGAAGAGGGCUGGGACCGGCCCAAGAAGCCAACGAAGAGGAGAGUGGGGAGGAAGAGCAUCUUCGAGCUCUACGAGCCCAGCGAGCUGGAGAGUAGUCACAUGACUGACCAGGACAACGAGAUCCGCUCCACAGACAUGCCAGAGAGGUUCCAGCUGCGCUCCAUCCCAGUGAAGCCUGCUGAGGAUGAUGAGUUGGAGGAAGAGGCAGAGUGGAUCUACAGAAACGCUUUCUCAACCCCCACCAUCUCCAUGCAGGAGAGUACAGAUUACCUGGACAGAGGGGCCACAACUAACUUUAGCAGGAAGGGCCCCAGCACCAUCGCCAAGAUUAAGGAGGCCCUCAACUUCAUGAGGAAUCAGCAUUUUGAGGUUCCGUUCAUCGCAUUCUACAGGAAGGAGUACGUGGAACCGGAGCUCAACAUCAACGACCUGUGGAAGGUCUGGCAGUGGGACGAGAAGUGGUGCCAGCUGAAGAGCAGGAAGCAGAACCUGACACGUCUGUUCCGGAGGAUGCAGGGGUACCAGUAUGAGCAGAUCUCUGCCGACCCUGACAAGCCCCUGGCCGACGGCAUCAGACCCCUGGACACUGCUGAUAUGGAGAGACUGAAGGACGUCCAGUCCAUAGAUGAGCUGAGUGAUGUGUAUAGUCACUUCCUUCUGUACUAUGGCCGAGACAUCCCCAAGAUGCAGAACGCAGCCAAGGCCGCCAGCAAGAAGAAGAAGAAGAAGAAGAAGAAGAUUGAGGUCAACGAGGAAGGUGAGGAGGAAGAGGUAGAGGAAGAGGUGGAGGAGGAGGAGGAAGAGAAGGGGCCUGACCUGAAGCUGGCAUCUCGUAGAGACAUGUACAGCAUCUGUCAGAGCGCCGGGCUCGAUGGCCUGGCUAAGAAGUUUGGUCUGACUCCAGAGCAGUUUGGAGAGAAUCUGAGGGACAGCUACCAGCGUCACGAGACAGAGCAGUUCCCUGCCGAGCCUGUAGAGUUGGCUAAAGACUACGUCUGCAGCCAGUUUAACAGCCCCGAGGCGGUGUUGGAGGGGACCCGUUAUAUGGUUGCGAUGCAGAUUGCCAGGGAGCCUCUGGUCAGACACGUCCUCAGACAGACGUUCCAGGAGAGAGCCAAGAUCAACAUCAAGCCCACCAAGAAGGGAAAGAAGGACAUGGACGAGGCCCACUUUGGCUACUCCUUCAAGUAUCUGAAGAACAAGCCGGUGAAGGAGCUGAACGGAGAACAGUUCUUAAAGAUGUGCCAGGCUGAGGAGGAGGGCCUUCUCACCAUAGACAUCUGCAUCGACCUUCUAGGGGUCAAAGGGGUUGCAGGUGACCAGACAUACUUUGAUGAGAUCAAGCAGUUUUACUACAGAGAUGAGUUCAGUCACCAGGUGCAGGAGUGGAACAGACAGAGGACCCUGGCCAUCGAACGCUCCCUCACACAGUUCCUCUACCCUCAGAUGGCCAAGGAACUCAAGAACAAACUCAUCGCGGAGGCCAAGGAAAACAUCAUCAAGCACAAACACACCUUUACCUUCUAUAUAGGUAAGCUGAUCACCAGUGUUGUGACUGGUAUAGCUCACCGGCGCCCCCAGGGGGAGAGUUAUGACCAGGCCAUCAGGAACGACGCUACAGGGCUGUGGCAGUGCCCCUUCUGUCAACAGGACAACUUCCCUGAACUCAGCGAGGUGUGGAACCAUUUUGACAGUGGUUCGUGUCCUGGCCAGGCUAUAGGUGUGAGGGCUCGGAUGGACAACGGUGUCCAGGGCUUCAUCCCCACCAAGUUCCUCAGUGACAAGGUGGUCAAACACCCUGAGGAGAGGGUGAAGGUGGGUAUGACGGUACACUGUCGCAUCAUGAAGAUUGACAUUGAGAAGUUCAACGUGGACCUGACGUGUCGUACGUCUGACCUGAUGGAUAAGAACAACGAGUGGAAGCUCCCUAAAGACAGUUACUACGACUUUGACACGGAGACAGAGGACACCAAGACAGAGGAGGAACGCAAGAAGAAACAGCAGAGAACCACCUAUAUAAAACGUGUGAUUGCCCACCCAUCCUUCCACAACAUCAACUUCAAGCAGGCUGAGAAGAUGAUGGAGUCCAUGGACCAGGGAGAUGUUGUUAUCAGGCCAAGCAGCAAGGGAGAGAACCACCUUACUGUCACCUGGAAGGUAGCUGACGGCAUCUACCAGCACGUUGACGUGAGAGAGGAGGGCAAGGAGAACGCCUUCAGCCUGGGACACACACUCUGGAUCAACACUGAGGAGUUUGAGGAUCUUGAUGAGAUCACAGCUCGUUAUAUUCAGCCAAUGGCAGCGUUCGCUCGUGACCUGCUGGGACACAAGUACUUCCAGGACUGUAACGGAGGGGACAGGAAGAAAAUGGAGGAGUUGUUGAUCAGGUCUAAGAAGGAGAAGCCUACGUUCAUCCCCUACUUUGUCUCAGCCUGUAAAGACCUGCCAGGGAAGUUCAUACUGGGAUACCAGCCUCGUGGCAAACCACGUGUUGAGUAUGUGACCAUCUCUCCUGACGGCUUCCGGUACCGCUCCCAGAUGUUCCCCACCGUUAACGGACUCUUCCGCUGGUUCAAAGACCACUUCCAGGAACCGGUACCAGGCAUCACCCCCAGCAGUAGCAGUCGAACACGGACACCUGCCUCUGUCAACGCUACACCAGCUAACAUCAACAUCGCAGACCUGACGCGAGCGGUCAGCGCUCUCCCACGCAACAUGACCUCUCAGAUGUUCAGUGCCAUCGCCGCGGUGACGGGGCAGGGGCAGGGCCAGAACGCCAACACUACGCCUGCCCAGUGGAACUCCAGCCAAUACGGUUACACCGGGGGCAGCAGUGGGGGCGGGGGAGGCAGCUCCUCAGCCUAUCACGUGUUUGCGACGCCCCAACAGCCGAUGACGACACCCAUGAUGACCCCCAGCUACUCAUACACCACCCCCAGCCAGCAGACCAUGGGUACCCCGCAGUACCCCUCCUCCACCCCCCAGUCCUCCCACGGACACACACAGAGCAGCCACCAGGGCCACAGCAGCCACCAGGGCCACAGCAGUCACCAGGGACCCUCGUCCUCCUCCAGAGGACGCACUCCGCAGCAGCAGCCUAAGUCAAGCGACAGCACGGCGGUGGACUGGGGCAAGGUGGCAGAGCAGUGGCUCCAGGAGAAAGAGGCAGAGAGGAAGAAGCAGAAGACCCCCAGGAUGACCCCGCGACCUUCCCCCAGCCCCAUGAUCCAGAGCACGCCUAUGUCAAUCGCUGGAGACGCCACGCCCCUUCUGGACGAGAUGGACCGAUAGGAGAGGCCGGGGGGGCGACUGUAUACCCCCCUCCCCAAAUAUUCCCCCCCUUACUCUCAACUCAUCCUUCAAUCCGCCUGCCUGUCCCCUCAGACCAGUCCCAUACCAUUCAGAUCCCCCUCUCCUCCCAGCCUACUAAACUAACCCUGCUCCCCCUCUUCUCCCUCUCCUCCCAGCCUACUAAACUAACCCUGCUCCCCCUCUC